AUGAUUUUGCAUUUCCAGGAGGACUGUUUUUUUUUUACUAACAGUCUUCCUCCCUGUCAGCUCGGGCACACUGCUCUGUGGAUGGUUGUGCACAGCACAGCCAUGCAAAACAGUGUGAUUACAGUGAAGCACCAACACACCGCCCCCUAGUAAAACACUCUCUGCACACAGUUAACCCUUUGAUCUCCCCUCAUGUUAACCCCUUCCUGCCCAGUGUCAUUAGUACCGUGGCAGUGCUUUUUUUUAGCACUGAUCACUGUAUUGGUGUCACUGGGGAUGUGAGUGACACCAAGUCAGUUCUCCCCCAGUGUCAGAAUGUAUGCCGCAGUCCCGCUAUUA